AUGAUUGAAUGUGGGAUCAAACCCGUGUACGUAUUUGAUGGGGCUCCUCCAAAGCUCAAGACCGCCGAAGUAAGGGUUCCAUCUCAUUUCACAAAGUUAGAUGAUCGUCUAGCGAAAAGGGAGGAAGCAAACAAAGAAAUCUUGAGCGCACAAGCUUCUGGUACCGCUAUUUUGAUCUUUUAUUUACUAUCAGACCAGCCCGAGGUUGUUGGAAAGUUUAUGAAACGCACUGUAAAGGUAACAAAGGAACAUAUUGCAGAGGCAAAGAAACUAUUAACGCUUAUGGGCGUUCCAUUCAUACAAGUUUUUGCCACAGGAUCGGAGGAUAUGGAUACCCUUACCUUUGGAUCUCCUAUACUUCUUCGAAAUUUAACAUUCAGCGAAGCCCGCAAAAUACCUAUCACCGAAAUGCAUUUAGAUGAGGUAUUGGUCGGAUUAGGCAUGGCCAUGGAUCAGUUUAUCGACCUUUGUAUAUUGCUUGGCUGUGAUUAUUGUGAUUCCAUAAAGGGUAUAGGUCCCCAAAAGGCAAUCAAAUUGAUUCGUGAGCAUGGCUCGCUUGAGAAGAUUAUUUCGCACUUGAAGGAAAAUCCAUCUUCAAAGCACGUUGUUCCGGAAAACUUUCCUUUUCAAGAGGCGAGAAUCCUCUUUCAGCAGCCCUCGGUUUUAGAUGCAGCUGAAUUUGAGUCCCUGUUAAAGCCGAGCGUCGUUUCGCAGGAUGAAUUGAUCGCCUUUUUGGUCACUGAGAAGGGAUUCAGGUACUCAUGA